CAGAGGGAGAGAUAGAAAGAGAGAGAGAGAGCGCGCAGUGAACUGUGAAGCGAACUGUUGGGAACUGACUGACGGAGAGGUCCAUGUUGUAGGUUGCACACGUCUCUGCAGCCUCACCCCACAUUUUAUGAAAAAGGACAGCAACUUCAGUCGAUCCACAGAGGUUUGUGGUGCUCCUUUUUAGAGUUUCCUGCUCUUACAUGGUAACACAGAGCUGAAGCUUAAGGGUGUUGAAGAUGGCGGUGUGGAUCCAGGCCCAACAACUGCAAGGAGAUGCCCUCCACCAGAUGCAAUCUCUGUACGGUCAGCACUUUCCAAUUGAGGUGCGACAUUAUCUGUCCCAGUGGAUAGAGAGCCAGCUCUGGGAUGCCAUAGACCUGGAGAACCCACAGGAGGAGUUUAAGGCCAAACGCUUACUGGACAGUCUUAUACAAGAGUUGCAGAACAAGGCUGAGCACCAGGUUGGAGAGGAUGGUUUCCUUCUUAAAAUCAAACUGGGACACUAUGCCAACCAGCUCAAGAGCACGUAUGACCGCUGUCCUCUGGAGCUGGUCCGAUGUAUCAAACACAUCCUUUACACAGAGCAGAGGCUCGUCCGAGAGGCUACAAACUCAAACUCUCCAGUGGGUGGAAUGAUGGACAGCAUGUCUCAGAAAUACCAACAGAUCAACCAGGCUUUUGAGGAGCUUCGCCUGCUGACCCAAGACACUGAGAACGAUCUCCGCAAGCUCCAGCACAACCAGGAGUACUUCAUCAUCCAGUACCAAGAAAGCAUGCGCAUUCAGGCUCAACUGGCCAGCCUGGCCACACUGCCCCCUGCUGACCGCCAGCUACGAGAGCCAGCCCUUCUGAGCAAGAAAAACACUGUGGAGGCAUGGCUGACGAGAGAGGCCAACACACUACAGAAAUACAGACUGGACCUGGCAGAGAAGCACCAGAAAACACUGCAGCUGUUGAGGAAGCAGCAGACCAUCAUUCUGGAUGACGAGCUGAUCCAGUGGAAGAGACGGCAACAACUGGCAGGCAAUGGGGGACCGCCGGAGGGAGGCCUGGACAUCCUUCAGUCCUGGUGUGAGAAGCUCGCGGAAACGAUUUGGCAAAACAGGCAACAGAUUCGGAGGGCCGAGCAUCUCAGACAGCAGCUGCCUAUCCCUGGACCUAUUGAAGAGCUCCUCAACGAACUCAACAGUACUAUCACAGAUAUCAUUUCAACACUGGUCACCAGCACAUUCAUCAUUGAGAAACAACCUCCACAGGUCCUUAAAACCCAAACUAAGUUUGCCGCUACAGUGCGCCUUCUAGUGGGAGGCAAGCUGAACGUACACAUGAAUCCCCCACAAGUCAAAGCUACCAUCAUCAGCGAACAGCAAGCCAAGGCCCUCUUGAAAAAUGAAAACACAAGAAAUGAUAGCAGUGGUGAAAUUCUUAACAAUAACUGUGUGAUGGAGUACCACCAGACUACGGGCACUCUGAGCGCCCACUUCAGGAACAUGUCUUUAAAGAGGAUCAAGCGAUCGGACAGACGAGGAGCAGAAUCUGUCACAGAAGAGAAAUUCACCAUUCUGUUUGAGUCCCAGUUUAGUGUUGGAAGCAAUGAGCUUGUCUUUCAAGUGAAGACAUUAUCACUUCCUGUAGUGGUGAUUGUUCAUGGUAGCCAAGACAAUAAUGCCACUGCAACUGUAUUGUGGGACAACGCUUUUGCAGAGCCGGGCCGGGUGCCUUUCCUCGUGCCAGAUAAGGUGCUUUGGCCUCAGCUGUGUGAGGUCAUCAACAUGAAGUACAAGGCAGAGGUGCAAAGUAAUCGAGGUCUGUCGGAGGAGAACUUGGUAUUUCUGGCUCAAAAAGCCUUCAGCAGCUCCAGCAACAACCCUGAUGACUACCGGAGCAUGACUAUGACCUGGUCACAGUUUAACAGGGAAAGCUUGCCAGGGAGGAACUUCACAUUUUGGCAGUGGUUUGAUGGUGUGAUGGAACUCACAAAAAAGCAUCUGAAACCACACUGGAAUGAUGGAGCCAUCCUGGGCUUUGUGAACAAGCAGCAAGCUCAGGAUAUGCUCAUGUCUAAACCCAACGGUACCUUCCUCCUGCGCUUUAGUGAUUCUGAAAUUGGAGGAAUUACAAUUGCCUGGGUGGCAGAAAAUCCUAACAAAGCAGGUGAAAGAAUGGUUUGGAACCUCAUGCCCUACACAACCAAAGACUUUACCAUUCGCUCUCUGGCUGACCGCAUUAGUGAUCUCAACCACCUUCUAUUCCUCUACCCUGACAGACCCAAGGAUGAGGUUUUCUCCAAAUACUACACUCCGCCUCUCUCUAAAGCAGUUGACGGUUACGUGAAACCACAGAUCAAACAAGUUGUGCCUGAGUUUGCCACAGCCAAUCCAGACCCAGCAAGUGGGAAUCCAACUUACAUGGAUCAAGGUGCCUCUCCAGCACCUGUCAGUCACCCUCACGCCUAUGGCAUAUAUCCAGCUAUGGCUGACUCUAUGUUGGAUGCAGAUGGAGACUUUGACCUAGAUGACACCAUGGACGUAGCGAGGCAUGUAGAAGAGCUUCUCCGGCGGCCUGUAGAGAGCCAGUGGAGUGGCCAGCAGUCGUGACCUUUGACCGUUUAACUCGCAACAAAACCAAAUGAGCCCUGCCCAGCAACUUGCCCUACUCACAUCGACAUGGUUUAAUUCCAUUGGUCUCUCUCAUUUUUUUUUCAGAUUGCUAUAAUGUGAAAUGUUCAUAAUGGUUGUGUUUUUUUUUUUUUUUUUUUUUGCUUUCCAGCAUGAAAACAUGCAUGCCAGUGACUUCAUAUUGUUUUUAUUUGUGUAAUCAGUGUUUGUAAAAGAAAGUAUAAUGCAAAACCUCUAAUGUUACAAUGUUAUGAAAAAGAAGUAAUGGUCACUCACAUAGUGCAUGCAUUUUCAAUUGAUUUUAAACUGAUUUUUUUUUAAAAUAUGCUACUGUAUGAAGUUAUUUUAGAAGUUGAAUGUUUUUAUUUUAUAUUUUCUUCUUUGUAAAUGGGUUAUUAG